AUGGGCAUCACAGACAUCUACCUGGUGCGUGUAUUCAACAACAGCGGCGACGUCAACCAGGGGCAGGGGCUGGUGUACGGCUCGUCCCUCAUCCUGGCAUACACGCAGUGCGAGGGCAAGCUGGCGUACCUGCAGGCGACCAACCCCACCAAAAAGUUCCGAAUGGUCAUCAACAUGAGCUUGGGGGCGCCGGGUCCCCUCACAAUUGAGAAGCUCUUUUUCAAGGAGGCGACCGCGCGGCCGGACAUGCUGUUUGUUGCCUCCGCCGGCAACAACGGCACCGAUGCCUUCCAGUGGCUCAACUACCCGGCAGCGUACGACGGCGUCCUGAGCGUCGGCGCCGUCGACUGCGUGAACGAGGUCCAACCCUGGAGCCAAAGGGACGUGCGCGUUGACAUCGUCGCGCCAGGGGCCGACAUCCUUUCAACAUACCCGGUUGAGAAGAGCGCCAAGUCUGGCAAGGCGGCCGGCUACUUUGCGUAUGGGGCCGUCUCCCUGAACAUGGCCCCCGCCGCCCAGUACUCGGGCAUCGGAUCGUUCCAGGGGCCCGUCGCGGACUGCGGGGCCGGGGACGCGCCGUGCCCCGCGGCGAAGGGCGCGGCGUGCAUGGUGCAGUCGGCGCCGCGCGAGGUGGCGCGGCCGGACGGGCGGAAGGCGCAGGUGCUGCCGACGCUGUGCUCGCUGGUGCAGUUUUGCAUCGAGGCGGGCGCCAAGGCGGUGGUUUUGGUGCCGCCCGUCGAAGUCCCCGGCUUUGGGCCAUACCCCAAGAACUCGGUCUCCUCGCCGCUACUCGACUGCACCCUCGGCGGCCGCGUCAGGCCCGUCGUGACCGGCGUCGCCGCGCGCGUGUGGGCGGCGUUCCCUGACUGCACUUCGCAGCACAUCAAAGAGGCCCUCCUUAAGUCGGCCAAGGACGUGGGCGCAAAGGGCUGGGACAAGGAGAGCGGCUGGGGGCUGGUGCAGGCGGAGGCAGCGUUUGACUCCUGA